GGGCCCGAGUCUCACCUCUGGGUUGCAGUCAAGCAACAGCAUUCUCCACCUAACGCAGAGGACCGGAGGCCCUGGGAGAGCAAAGCGGCGGGGGAGGCGCUGCGGACUGGCAGAUGUGUCUCCAGAAGGAGGAUGCCAUUUAGAGUGAGUGUUUAUAAAAAAUGUUGGAUGAUGACGAAGUGACCGAAUGAAUGCAAGAUAUGUGGACUGAGUCUUGAAAGACCCUCUCUGACUCUUCUUUCAAGCCACAGCAACAAAAACCUUGUGCAGUAUUGGAGCCACAGAGAGCAUCGUGAGUUCAAAGGAGGUAAGCUUGUUCCUGAUUGGUGAAAAGUCAGCUGUAACAGAACGCCAAGGAGUAAACAAAAAAGCAUAGCAACAACAGAGUUUGCUGUCUCACUACCCUCGCCUAGGCCAACCUGGACUCCUUCAUCCCAAAUGACGUGGCCUCUACAUUUUAUAUGAAGGCUGCGAUUUUCCAUCCAACUGUGAUCCAUCUUAAAACAUGGCAGUCCAGUACAGACGGGAAGAUAAAACUGAACAACACAGCUAAAAUAAAGUGUAUUCCCAGAAUACACAUUGUCAAAACAGGAUGAAGUUGACCAGUGAAAAGUUGCCCAAGAACCCCUUUUAUACCGCUCUCUCCCAGUAUGGUGCUAAGAACUCAAAAUUCUUCCAGUGGAGGAAGGAAAAGACUGAUCAUUACGGCCAUGCUAAUUUGGUGGAUAAGGCAUUGCAGCUCUUGAAGGAAAGAAUAAGACGGGGGGAUGCUGUGGCAUAUUUCCUACGAGGUCAACUGUAUUUUGAAGAGGGAUGGUAUGAAGAAGCAUUAGAACAGUUUGAAGAAAUCAAGGAAAAAGACCAUCAAGCAACUUACCAGCUAGGAGUAAUGUAUUAUGAUGGGCUGGGGACACCUACAGACGCUGAAAAAGGAGUGGAGUACAUGAAGAAAAUCAUCCAUUCUCCAUGUCCCAAAGCAAGACACCUACAAUUUGCAGCUGCCUACAACCUUGGAAGAGCUUAUUAUGAAGGGAAAGGUGUCAAACGAUCAGAUGAGGAAGCUGAAAGACUGUGGCUUUUUGCUGCAGACAAUGGAAAUCCAAAAGCUAGUGUGAAAGCUCAAAGUAUCCUAGGAUUAUAUUAUUCCACAAAAGAACCCAAAGAAUUAGAAAAGGCAUUUUAUUGGCAUUCAGAAGCAUGUGGCAAUGGAAAUCUGGAGUCCCAGGGUGCACUUGGGCUGAUGUAUUUUUACGGACAAGGCAUCCGCCAGGACCCUGAAGCUGCCUUGCAGUGCUUAAGAGAAGCGGCAGAACGUGGAAACGUCUAUGCUCAAGGGAAUCUCGUGGAGUAUUACUAUAAGAUGAAAUUUUUUACUAAGUGUGUUACAUUUUCCAAAAGGAUUGCUGACUACGAUGAAGUUCAUGACAUCCCUACGAUAGCCCGGGUCACGGACUGUCUCCCGGAAUUCAUCACCAGAGGCAUGGCCAUGGCAUCUUUCUACCACGCCCGAUGUCUUCAGCUUGGCUUGGGGGUCACAAAGGAUGAAGCGACAGCGAAACACUAUUAUUCUAAAGCGUGCCGUCUGAACCCUGCAUUGGCAGAUGAACUUCACUGUUUACUUAUACAUCAAAGAAUUUAGAUCAUAAUGCGUUUCAACAAAGACCAUCAACCCUGGCACCUUAGAACGGGUCUCCUUGCCAUGUCACACCAUCAACAGUAUUUCAUAUUUAACAUUAUAAUCAGACGACUUGGAAACAGUCUGCUUUGCUGAAGUACGAAAACUGAGGAGUCACACAAAAAGGUGAUGCGCAUCUGGUCUGAGAGAAGGACGGACUGCGCGCCGGAGGCAUGGUUUUUCCCUUUUCUUUUACCAAACUGAACAACUGAACAGUCAGAUGACAAUGAAGCACAGUACAUAAAUGGGUGCGUUGAAGAUUUUUAUUAUACCAUGCCGGGCAUUUUGCUGUCCAACGAGGCUCUGAAGCGUAUCUGAAAAAUCAGGUUUACAUUCUGUGCUACUACUGACAAAAAGUUUACAAUCCAUGCAUAUUCAGUGAAGGAGACAGGACACAGUGUACCCGCAACAAAUAAAGGCACUGGGGCAGGAGGGACAUGAACGAUCAGUUCUCUCAAAUGUUUAAAGAGAAAAUAAGUCUAUUUACAAGUUUUCGACAUCAGGCAUUUAUACAAAUUACAAUUUGAAUACAUUGCUACCCAAUUAAAAAGUAACCUCUCUAAACAGUGUUACUCCGGCAGGAUUUUUAAAGCACAAAACUUGUUAUCUGUUCUAAAACAUUUUUCUAAUUAAAGAAAGCAUUACAACCACUACUGUUCUCAUUAAGAUUCUCAGUAUAAUUUCUUAGCAAGGGACAAGUUUUAAAAGAAAAAAACUGAUUAUUUUGUUUUUCAACGUAAAUAACGUUUUCUGAGAGAUAUAAAUGAAAAACGCCUUAAUAAAGUUAGUUCCCUUUGUGUCACUGUACGUUUCAGGAUCAGAACCUAGGCCUCACCUGGAAUGUUCUCAAGCAGCUUCUGCUGUGCUCUCUGUUUUGUUUCCUGACUUUGUUCUUCGCUUCUGAUUGUGGUUGGAGGCGCCAAUUUCCCAUGUGGCCAAAAAGCAUCCCGGAAAACGUUGAUGUAGUAAACCAACAUUUGCUCACUGAAAAUCCAGUUCACGGUGUCCCGGAUUUGUCUUUUAAGAGAAAAACGUUUCUUGGAUGACGUUUUGAAAAAUGUUAUCCUCUAUUCUCGCAAGGCAUUUAUCAGUGGGUAGGUGAAGAUACAGCCUGAUCUACACGUUUGAUGAAUAAACUAGGAAUUGAAUUUUUAAA